GUCAUGAACACCAAGCCCUCUCUGGACGGGGGCGCUGACCUCCUGCGGAACGGGGAGGCUCAGGAGGUCCCCCCUCUGAGGAACUACCUCUGUCUCACCAUGUUCACCUGUUUCUGCCCUGCAUGGCCAAUCAAUAUUGUGGCGCUGGUUUUCUCUCUGCUGGCCCAAAAGAGCCACGAUGAGGAGGACUACGACGGUUCUGAGCAGCUUGGUAGGAAAGCCCUCCACCUGGGGAUCACUUCUUUUCUCAUUGGCCUUUUGAUCAUCACAGCAUACAUCACUGUACACUUUACUACGGUACGAAUGCACUUUAUGUGCUACACACGCACACCAUUGUGGGCAGACAGAGGCCUUACACACAAGAAGAAGAUGCCAACAGCACUUGUGGUUACAUGUGUCAUCCCUGUAUCAGAGCUACUCUCAAUCAAAGACGGAAACAACAAGGAAAAGGACACCAGGUUGUUUUACUACUUCCAGAAGCUACAAACAGAUGAAUGCAGCCAGCUAAACCCCUCUGACAAGAUUUAG